ACCCACAUGUAACACAGCAAACAGAAUUCUGUGCAAGUUGAAGUGGCCGCAAAGAAACGAAGCUUCUCUUCUCAUUCUCCAUAUCUUCACAUUCCAUCUCUCUUUUUCCACACAUUCACUUAUCACUAAUCCAUAAUGAUGACAAGAGCCGAAAUCGAUACUAGCGCCCCUUUCAAGUCCGUCAAGGAAGCCGUUGCGCUGUUUGGGGAGAGAGUUCUUGCGGGCGAAGUCUAUGCCAACAAACUCAAAGAGAUGCAACAUGAAGAGGAUGACAAUGAAAAUGGUCAUAGUAAUCGGGUUACAAUAGAGUUAGAGGAGACCAAACAAAGGCUAGAGGAGGCUCGAGAGGAUCGAGUGCUAAUGGCAACUUGUCUAUCUUCUCUACAACAAGAGCUUGAACGAACCAAAUACGAGUUACAACAGCUCAAAGAGGACUCCAAGAAUCACCUAGACAUUAAGGAGGAUCUUAAAUUCAUGGAAGAUGUCACAAAGUUUGAAGUGAAAUCAGAAAAAAGUCUUGUUGAUGAGGCAUCAGAGAUCGAGUUUCAAAAGAAGAGGUAUGUGACUUUUGCAAAUCCGCCUUCAAUUGAACAAGUUAUGACACAACCACCCGAGGAAAUCGUGCUUGAAAGGCAGCCUUCUUUGAGGAAGAAGAAAAAGAAGCCACUGAUCCCGCUCAUAGGUGGGAUUUUCACUAGAAAGAAAAAUAUUAUCCAAGUUUAAUUUACAUGUAUAAGAUUAAGGUUAAUGAUCAAAAAGGAAUAUCGAGCACUUACAAUAUGAAAUGAGGGUUUAUAAAUUUGGGUAUGCAACUUCAUCAGAAUGUUUUCUUGUAAUAAGGCAUGAUGUAAACUGAAAGUAACUUAAAGGGGUUUUUUUGGAUUUUUGUA